AAUUAUUACAAUAGUUCAAUUGAUUUAUCCUCCAAUUCAAAAGGUCAUCCUAAAACAAAUAGUAGUGAGAGUAAUGUUAAUGAGACUAAUAGUAAUAAUGUAACUGAACCAACUGAUCCGGAGUUCGAUUAUGAUGAAUACAAACCUGAUGGAAAAAAGGCAAUGCAUUUUAGACCUCACACCGGAAAACACCAACAUACCAAAAUUGAGAUAAACACAUCAAAUCAUUAUAAACUUUUCAUUUUAAUCACAUCACAAGUGAAAGAAUUUCGAAAACGCAAUUUAUUACGGGACAUUUUAUUUGGCAUAGAAAGUAAUUUAGAACCUU